CUUCUCUCCGGUCCUCAUCGCUUCUUCCUCUCUUCCUCUCUCUCUCCCCUCACAGGAGUCUCCUUUUCUCGUUCAUAUAUCUUGGUACACUCUUGGGAACUACAAUUGCUUGAAUCUCGCUUGGGUCUGGUCUUUUCGUCAUUGUCUCUUCAUUCCGUCCUCAUACACAGCCCGCUCAAGUCAAUCCCUCCGCAUUGGAGGCUGUAAACACCUUACAACCGGAGACCACCGCCAUGGAUGUCUCCAUGGAUAUCGACAUGGACCUGGACCUUGGUCCAAUUCCUGAACCUGAACACAUUGGCGCCGAUCCCGCGACCGCGGAUGCUAUGGUACAGGAUAGAGCGACGGACCACUUGACCGAAGAGGCCCAAUAUGAAAAAGUACACAUCAGAGGAGUCGACGAAUUGACUACGGAUAAUAUCAGGCAAUUCGCAACCAGUCACUUCGCUACCGAGGAGCCUGCCCGCAUUGAGUGGAUUGACGACACCUCGGCGAACAUCGUGUAUUCGUCGUCGGACGCGGGUCUGCAGGCUCUCGCGGCCUUCACGCAAGUCACCGAAGAAGAAGAUGCGGCAUUGCCGGCUCUGCGCCUCCGGUCGGCGAAACUCCUAUCCUCCCACCCCGACUCCGUCCUUCAGGUGCGAUCAGCCGUGAAGACCGAUCGGAAAAGACCCCGCGCGCACGAGGCCAGUCGGUUUUAUCUCAUGCACCCCGAGCACGACCCUCGCGAACGAUUACGACGGGAGCUGUCGGACAGACGGCGGCAGGGAGGCGGGGAUACCAGUGACGGCGAUUACCACAGGAGACGGUUCGACGGACUCGAGUUGCGGCGACGGAGGGAUCGUGAUGUUGACGAGGGCAUUACUGCCAAUAUGUACGAUGACACGCGAGCCCCCAGCACCGAUUAUUCCGACACCGAUAGGGAUCGUGAGGGGCGAGGACGGCGAGGGCGCCGAGACUUGUUCGAUGACGACGGAGGCCGUUCUUCUGGUCGCCUGCGGAACCGCAGUGCAUCUCCGGGUCGAGACACUUUGAUGGAGAGUGGAUAUCUGGAUCAGGAUCGGCCUGGUUCACGCAGACGGUUCCGAGAGCGGUCCCCUCCAUCAAGCCGCCACAACGAAGGCAAAGAGCUCUUCCCAUCGUCCAAGUCUUCCGGUGCCACCUCCAGCGAUCCGCAUGCGCGAGAACUAUUCCCCAACAAACCGACGACCAGUUAUCUCAAGAAGGAGCUUUUCCCAAGCAAGGUCAGCAACCACCGUCGAUCCGACGCGAUCGAUGUUGCGGACGAGACGGCGGAUCUUUUCUCCCGCCGUAUUUCCAUCCCGCUGGUCGAUGGCGCACACGAUCAACCGCAGCGCAAUAGGAAUGUUGAGCUCUUCCCCGACGAUGCAGAGUCAGGCGAUGUGAGCAUCCGUGGAGCGGCCGGGCAGGAUCAAGGCAUGUCAAUUCGCGGCUCCGCCAACGGCCUGUCGAUCAAGGGACGAGGGUCCUCGGUGCGCGAGCUCUUUCCAUCCAAAUUCCACAACAAUGCCGGCAAGGAACUCUUCUCCGAAAAGAUCGAAGGCCGAGGAGGACCACGUCGGAGAGCGGAGGACAUGUUCGGUUGAGGAUCCGAGGAGGAGUGCAGGGACAAGUGCAAGGAAGAACAGUGAUGUGCAUGGAGAUUUAGAUCGGAGAUGUGCCCCCAUGACGCCAUCCAAUUUGUGAUACCAAUCCCCUCUUUUUAAAUAAUUACUUCUACCUAUCAUAAUU